CCUACUACACACACAUACAGUACAUAGAAGAAAGUGUGUUUUUGUUGUUUGUGUCUUGCAGACGUCCAGCAGCUGAUCGGUAAUCCAGAAGAAGUUUCCCCUCAGUUAGGGGGGAGCUCCACUUUGAAGCAGGAGACUCCACAACCACCCUGCAUUAAAAAGGAAGAGGAGGAACUCUGCAUCACUCAGGAGGGAGAGUGUCUUCUAGGACGAGAGGAAGCUGAUUACACCAAGUUUCCACUGAGUAUUCUCUCUGUGAAGACUGAAGAUGAUGAAGAGAAACCACAAGUAGACAACCUCUUAGCUCCACUAUCAGAUAGUGAGGCUGAAGACGAGGUUGAAGAACCUUUGAGCAGCGAUAAAGACUGUGAAGAUGAUAUGAGGACUCACACUGACAACAAACACUCUGAAUGCUCUUCAAAGAAGAGAGGUAAAACAUGUUUGAGCUGCUCAGUUUGUGCUGAAAGUUUUACUACAAAGCGCAAUUUGACUCGACACAUGAGAACACACACAGGUGAAAAACCAUUUAAUUGUUCAGUUUGUUCUAAAAGCUUUUCGGUUAAGUGGUAUUUGACUCAACACAUGACAACACACACAGGUGAAAAACCAUUUAAUUGUUCAGUUUGUAGCAAAAGCUUUUCUCAAAAUAGCAAUUUGACUCAACACAUGAGAACACACACAGGUGAAAAAACAUAUAAAUGCUCAGUUUGUGGCAAAAGUUUUUCUCAAAAUAGCCAUUUGACUGGACACAUGAGAACACACACAGGUGAAAAGAUAUUUAAAUGUUCAGUUUGCGGCAAAAGCUUUUCUCAAAAUAGCUCUUUGACUCAACACAUAAGAACACACACAGGUGAAGAACCAUUUAAUUGUUCAGUUUGUGGCAAAAGCUUUUCUCGAAAUAGCUCUUUGACUCAACACAUGAGAACACACACAGGUGAAAAAACAUUUAUUUGUUCAGUUUGUGGUAAAAGCCUUUCUCUAAAUUGCCGUUUGACUGAACACAUGAGAACACACACCGGUGAAAAACCAUUUAAUUGUUCAGUUUGUGGCAAAAGCUUUUCUCAAAAGAGCGAUUUGACUCAACACAUGAGAACACACACAGGUGAAAAACCAUUUAAUUGUUCAGUUUGUAGCGAAAGCUUUUCUCGAAAUUGCCGUUUGACUCAACACAUGAGAACACACACAGGUGAAAAACCAUUUAACUGUUUGAUUUGUGGUGAAAACUUUUCUAUUAAGAACCGUUUGACUGAACACAUGAGAAUACACACAGGUGAAAAACCAUUUAGUUGUUCAGUGUGCUGUAAAAGGUUCCCACAUAAUGCAGACGCAGUAAAACACAUAAGAUCACACAAGGCAAAAUAACCAACUAGCUGUUUAGUUUGUGGUAUGUUGCUCGAACUCUCCCAACCACGCCACGCCGUCCCCAGGUACACGGUAAAGCGGGGCUGUGACUCCUCCCCCUCCACACAACGUAAAACAGGAGUAAAAUACGCAAUCAGUAACCCCACUUAAAAUGCAGCAUGAGACACUGCACACUGAUAUAGUUCUGUGAAAAUGAUUGUCUUCUGUGCAAAUGUAAAGAAAGUGAACAGUGUGUGAUUUACUGCAAUACUGUCAGUCUUUUAACUUUUUAUUUGUGCUUUGUUGAAAUUGUUCACACAUUGCACAGCUUUUAUUCUUCUAUCAAUACACAUUAUGUCUAGAAGACAGGAAGUAACUCAACACUCUUGAAUAGUUUCUACCUCAGUUUGUAUGGUUUGUUGAGUUAGCACAGGAUUAAUAUGUGGAAAUGACAAAUGAGGUAGUUGAUACAUAGAAUAGUUUUUAUUCAGGCUUUAUUUAGUUUUUGUUCAUUCCUAGAUGGGCUGUGACUUAAAGUGUAAUUGCUUUGUAGAAACACUGAGAUUAAGUCGAAGUUCAUUGUGUUCUGCAAGGUGUUUUUUAAAAUGUACCUUUUUUUUCCUCACAAUUUUUAACUAACUUGAAGUUUUUUGUCAAGAAGAUUAUUUGUGAUAUGUACAUUUUCAUAAUGUGCUUGUUCUAUUU